CUUGCCUCUAAUCUUGCUUAUAAUCAUAACGGCGAACGGGUUCAUACCGAGCGGCUCCUGACAGACGAGAAGUUCACCGAAGAACAACAAUUCGGCACCAUGAGAACUUUCUCAAGCUUGUUUGUUAGUUUGCCACUUUUCGCGGCGUGUCUUCUUGCUGUUUCGGUCUCCACUGCGAGCGCUGACAUCUGUGAAGUAAAUGUGUGCUUGAAUGGAGGAACCUGUGUCACUGAAGCAGGAAAAGAUCCCUUUAAAUGCAUUUGCGCUGAAGGAUUCACUGGACCCACCUGCAACGAGACCGAUAUUGGGCCCUGCAACCCUAACCCUUGUAAAAACGAUGGCUUCUGUGAGAUCAUCAACUCCCGAAGAGGAGACGUCUUCAGUGAAUAUGUCUGCAAGUGUCCAAUAGGGUUCGAUGGAAUCCACUGCCAGAACAAUGUGAAUGACUGUGCCGGCCAGCCCUGUCAGAAUGGAGGCACCUGUCGAGAUCUUGAUGGCGAUUUCACCUGUAAAUGUCACUCACCAUAUGUGGGAAAGCACUGCCAUCUGCGAUGCAUCUCUCUGCUGGGAAUGGAAGGAGGAGGCAUUGCAGAGUCUCAGAUUUCUGCCUCUUCUGUGUACUACGGCAUUCUGGGACUGCAGCGUUGGGGGCCCGAAUUGGCCCGACUGAAUAACAAGGGAUUCGUUAAUGCUUGGACCUCUGCAACACAUGACAAGAACCCCUGGAUGGAGAUCAAUCUGCAGAGGAAGAUGCGUUUCACUGGCAUCAUUACCCAGGGUGCCAGUCGCAUGGGCACAGCCGAGUUCAUCAAAGCCUUCAAAGUAGCGUCCAGUUUGGAUGGGCGAACCUACACCAUGUACAGACCUGAGGGCCAGAGCAACGACAUGAUCUUUGUUGGUAAUAUGGACAACGAUGGGACAAAGACCAAUUUGUUCGACCCUCCAAUCAUAGCUCAGUACAUACGAAUCAUUCCUGUUGUGUGCCGCAAAGCCUGUACUCUGAGAAUGGAGCUGGUGGGCUGUGAACUCAACGUGUAUUUGAACACGACAGGUUGCUCCGAGCCGCUAGGUAUCAAGUCACGGCUGAUCGAUGACAGGCAGAUGACAGCUUCCAGCUCUUUCCGCACCUGGGGGAUCGAGGCGUUCACCUGGCACCCGCAUUACGCUCGUCUGGACAAGCAGGGCAAGACCAACGCCUGGACCGCAGCCAUUAAUAACCGUUCCGAGUGGCUGCAGGUGGACCUGCUCAGACCAAAGCGCAUCACAGGGAUCAUCACACAAGGGGCCAAAGACUUUGGCAAUGUGCAAUUUGUGUCUGCCUUUAAAGUGGCUCACAGUGAUGAUGGCAUGUACUGGACCAUACUCAAAGACGACAAGACGAAAACAGAUAAGAUUUUCCCUGGCAACAGCGACAACAACGUGCACAAAAAUAACGUGUUCGAGCCCCCCUUCUACGCACGAUUCGUCCGCAUCCUGCCGUGGGCGUGGCAUGAACGCAUCACCCUGCGAAUGGAGCUGCUGGGCUGUGAUGAGUAGAACUCCUCUUUCUCCUUCUCCCUCUCUCUCAUUCUCUUUUAUACUUCCCACCAUUCCUUCUUUCCUCAACCACGCCUGCACUGCCUCACUCUUAGCAACAGAGGGCACCAUCAUCACACCACCCUACACAGCUGAGGACCCCGGUAGCAAAUGAAGUGACACGUUUAGCAUUAAAUAUUUUGUACUAACACAAGUCUGAUGCAGUGGCCCUUUGAAGAUGAAGUUGAUGCUAAUGUAUAAUAAUGUUUAUUUACCCUAGAUGACCAUAUUAGGAAAUAGCUGAAUUUUUUAAAACUUUGUUACAAAUAAAUUGUAACAAUUCUAUUUCUUUUUUUUGUCAAGUAAAACUCGAACUCCGUUACAAACAAUUGGAAAAAAGAAACUGUACAUACCAAAUAAGGCACAAUUAAUUUAUUUUCACAAGAAUCAGUGUGUUAGUUUGGUUUUAAAUGCAGUCAAGCUGUUUUAUAUCUUAUCUUAUGAAGUAGUUUAAAUUAGAAAGUGACAAAAGUCACAAAAUAUGGUUGUGCUUUAUGCUAAUUUAUAUUAUGUAAUAAAAUUAGCCAUUUGAUC